GACCAAGAAUAAAAUGCUCCGUUAGGAAGUAGGGAUGGGCAGGAUUGAGAAAAAAAAAUUUGGAUUUUGGGUGUCAGGUCGGAAAAAGCCGAUCCAUCCCUUGGGCUCCCGAACAUUUGGAGGAAAAAAGGAGAAGAGAACAUUCUGCCUAAGAAAUAAACUAAAAAGCUUCCUAUUCCCGUUCGGAUUAAGAAGUACAUAUAAUAAAUUUUGUUCAGAAUCCAGAAUUUGUUGAAGCAAAUUAAUGAAUUAAUGAAAAACGAUAAAGUUGACAAAUUAACAGAAAAUUCAACGACAGAAAAAGAAAAGAAGAACUUGACAACCGAGGAAAUAUCAGAAUUAAAAGCUUGGAAAGAAAGGAGAAUGAAUAACGAUAAUAAUAAUAAAAAUAAAUUAGUAAAUUUAAAGAAGGAAUGGCCAGAAGAAAAUAGGCAACAUUUUGAAGGGGAUAUAAUUUUGAAUGAAAAUCAAGCAAAUAAAUUGUUUGAAAAUAUUAAAAAUAAUAAAAAUAAUCAACACAAAAGAAUUAAAAGAAAAUUUAUUGGUUCAAAUAUUCGACGAUGGGAUUCUACAAAGCCUAUAAUUUAUAGUUUUGAUGGUUCACACACAUUAAGAGAACAAAGAGUAAUAGAAUUAGCAUUAGAACAUUGGCAUAAUAUUACUUGUCUAAAUUUUGAAAGGAAAGAUGAUGAACCUAAAGGCUCUAGAAUUGUAUUUACUGAUGUUGAUGGGUGUGCUUCUAAUGUUGGAAGGUUGGAGGGAAGAGGGGGAAUGAAGAAAGAAAUUUUUUUAAUUUAUAGGCAUCCUUUGGGAGAACCUCAAUUUGUCUCUUUAGCACCUGAAUGUAUUCGAUUAGGAGUUAUUGCACACGAAGUAGCUCAUGCUUUAGGGUUUUGGCAUGAACAAAGCAGACCAGACAGAGAUUUAUGGGUACAAGUACAAUGGGAUAAUAUUGAUAGAGACAGUAAAGGUCCAUCAGAUGUAGACAAUUCUGGAGUUCCCUACGAUUAUGGAAGUAUAAUGCAUUAUAGAUCCAAAGCUUUUGCUAAAUUGGACGAUUUAUUUACUAUUGGGACAUUUAUUGUAGACUAUCAAAGAACUAUUGGACAAAGAGACCAACUUAGUUUUAAUGAUAUUAGAUUAAUGAAUGGUGGGGGGAAUUUUAAAUUAAAUUAA